CUCUCUCUCUCUCUCUCUGAGUUGAAGGCUCCGGCGCCCCGCUCCGUGUUUUUCUUUUCUCUGGCCGGACCGAAUGGUCUGGGAUGUUCGUGCCGGUCACCGGGGCGGAGACGACCUUUUGAUGAAAAGAUCCGCCGUCGUCAUCUUUGGCAAUGACCAACUGUGCCUCUCCCCUCUCCUCCCCGCCCCUUUAUCUUAUGCCCACCUUUUCUCGCGCACACAAAGUGAUGCAGGGACGGGAAUCCUGCCAGCCGAGAGAGGCGGCACACAUGGCUCGGGUCUCGUAAUUUUCAGCCGCAGCGCGCUACGGUAUACGGUGCUUACCUGACACUUACAGAGUAUCCGUACCUAAGGUAGCGACGCUGUCAGAUUCUUACCCAACGGACGGGCACUUUGGCCGCGUCAGUCCACUCACUACAGCCCACUUCUUCCUGUGUCGUUUCCGCCCUCGCAUCGCGUGGCUUGUUAGGGAUAAUUUGAUAUCUAAUCUGAACACCUGGCUAGAUUCUUAAUUCUAAAGAAGGUGUAAUAGUCAUGAAUCUCUUCUUCCUACUAAAUGCAUGAGAUGACAAACUCAUCCGUAAAAGACAUUCACUCUUUUUUGACGUGAUCCGCUUCAACUCACCACCAAGUCACCCGGGACGUUUGCUCAUCGACUACUGCAACCUCCCGCAUCUCAACAAAAAAAAAAAUCAAACGUCUCACAACAGCGUGUCACUUGCCUUCCUCCCGCCCUUCACUCACCGCUCAACCGCUCUCACACGCGCCUGUUACGCCUUGCGGUCUGCGCCUGCGCGUCUUGUCCCCCUCCCUUCCUCCAUCAUGACAGUCGCACAGGGUUACCACAACCUCAUCCCCGUGACGAACCUCUCGCCACCCGUCGACACGACGCAGCCCUACGACGCCUCCACCCUCGCCGGCAAGACCGUGCUCAUCACCGGCGGCGCCCUCGGUCUCGGCGCGGCGUUUGCGAGGGAGUGGGCCUCGCACGGGGCGAAUGUCAUCGUCGGUGAUAUUAACCCGUCCGCGGGCGAGGCUUUAGUGGCCGAACUCCGCGCCGAGUAUCCAAAGCGGGGAGGAGGAGGAGGAGCAGGAGCAGGGGAAGGAGAAGGGGGUAAAGGAGGAUCGCACCACUUUGUCACCUGCGACGUCACGUCCUGGGAAUCGCAGGUAUCCUUCUUCAAAGAGGGCGCGCGCCUCUCGCCGAACGGCGCCAUCGACGUCGUGGUGGCCAACGCGGGCGUCAACGAGCCCGGUGCGAAUGGGCGCUUUGAGAUGCCCCUGGCCUCGAGGUCGGACCCGGACGCGCCGCGGGAGCCGUCGACGAAGAUUAUUGACGUUAAUAUCACGGGGUUGUCGUACACGACGCACCUCGCCCUCUUCUGGCUGCCGCGGAACGGGAGCAGUACCGGUGCCGGUGCCGGUGGCUCGCCCCGCGACAGGUGUCUGCUGUUGGUGGGCUCCGUUGCGGGUGUGGGGCAUUUCCCGGGCCAGGCGCCGUACACCAUGUCUAAGCACGCCGUUACGGGUCUUUUCCGGGCGAUGCGCGGGACGGCGUAUUUGCGGCAACGGGUGCGGAUGAAUAUGGUGUGUCCGUACUUUGUGAGCGGGAGCCAGAUGUUCCCCGGUGCGGCGGAGGCGGCGUUGCUUGGUGGCGGGGCGGGCGGGGCGCAGGGGAGGGAUGUUGUCGAUGCCGCGACGAGGCUUGUUGCUGAUGAGGGGGUUGUGGGACGGGCUUUGCUUGUUGGGCCGGAGGUUGAUGCUUUGGGGUUGAUCGAGGAGGAUGAGGAGGGAGAGACGAUGGUGGUUGGUAGGAAGGGGGGAAAGGUUGCGGUGUGGGAUGUGUAUGCGGAGGAUUAUAAGGAUUGCGAGGCCUUCGUGUGGAGGUGGAUUCGGGUGUUGAAUACGGUUGAGUAUGUUCGGGGGUGGACUGGGUGGAUUGGGGAUGUGUUUUCGAUUCUGACGAGGCCGGUUCGAGGGGUGAGGUGAGCGGCUAUUCUGCACGAUGACUAUGUGCGUAGUUUACAGGGAGGGCCAAGGAUAGAUCAGCUCAAUAGAAUCAGUUCAAGUGGCUGAGAGGAAGAGAUUCACGCUAGGCGAAGAUGUAAGCCCAGGACUCGUUUAAUAUCAUCUGAGAUACGAAGACGUUGGCGACACUUCUUCGUAGAUGAAUGCGACCAUGCCUGCUUGGAGAGCCUCCCUUGAACAAUGGUAGCCAUGUGAGAUAUGAAGAUGAAGAAGGCUAGCAUAUACGAGGCUUCAUGUUACGAGAUGGUUCUUGUAGGUUGGCAG